CAGUGGACCAAAACAGAACGGAAAUUCGCUAAUGUGACCGAUCAGGUGACGAGUCGAACGGCACAGUUUUCCUUCGCUGUUCCCACAAACUGGAGCAACAAAACCCCGAAAUGACCCCUAAUCCGAGUGAAAACAAGCUCAAAUCGGGCCCUUCGGAGGAGUCCAGUGGCAGCGGAGACGACCAGCAGGCGACGGGAUCCGGAGAGGAGUACGAUGACGAGGAAAUCGAUGUUUCCCUAGAUGACUUCGACUCGGUCAACUCGUACCUGGAUUCGCUCAAUUCGGCCCUGGAUGCCAUCGAGCAACGUAAUGACGAUCUCAAGGAGCAGCUGUUGAAUCUGCUGCAGUCCAAUCGCGAAAUUCGUCAAUCCAUGCAGGAGGAGAAUGCCAAGCGAUCGGCGGAUGGAGGCGGCCCUAGCGAACCAGCCCCGGAAGCCGCCUCCGAAGAUGCUAUGGAACAUUGAGUUUUCGUCACGAUUCAUUCCCACCCGUUUGAAGGAAGUAUUUGUUAUAAUGGUAGGAUAAGGCACGAGCAAUAGUUGUUGUAAAUAAAUAUGGUUGCGUUGAUGACUGUG